AUGUUAUCUGUUCCAUCUCUAUGUUUAAUUACAGUGUCUCCGAUUACAGCUUGGGAAAAAAUACAACAGAAUUUACCAGGAGAAGACUUUCAACAGAUUUAUAAUGAUCAUUUACCCAUUGAAGUGCGUCAGUUGUUAUCCCCGUGGUUUGAAACUAAAGCUUGGUAUGAAAAUAUUGUUUUAUAUUUAAUUGUAUAGUAAUUUUUCUAUAUAUAUAUAUAUAUAUAUAUAUACCUAAAAACAAUUGCUUGGAAUUUAAUAAUCAAAUCAUAAUAAUAUGGUAUAACAUAUUUUGAAUAUUAUUUUAAAUGAAAUAAUGAAUUUUAAUUAUUGCCAUAUGUAUUGAAAUCUUAAUGCUGAUAAGUGAUAAUGCAUCUCAGAUAUUUUACGUAUAAUAAAUAUGAUUAAUUUCAUGGGUGCGUAAUGCUUAGAAAUAUAUGACUAGUGGUCAGGACAUUGCUGUUUUUUUCGUACUGUACAAACGCUAAAGCUACUUCUAAAAAAAAGUAGCUGCCGCUACUGUAAUUUUUUUUAAAUUAAAUAUUCUAAAUAUAUAUAUAAAUAAAAAAUGUAUGUAUAAAAAUAAAAUUAAUUAAUUAAUAAUUGUGUCGCCUGGAAUAUUAUGAUAAGUGUAUUAUACGACAGGUUUUAAAUUAAAAAUUCAUCAGCAGGUAUAAUACAGUCAAAAUGUAAAACACAACUUUUAUUAACAAGUAUUAACCAUUGUAAUAAUUUUGUUUUUAAUUUUAAUUUUAUUAUUUUUUAAAUUGUAGUGCGCUAUUUAAUAAAAACAUUACUGUUUAAAUAAAGCGCCUUAGUUUUUCAGUACAUUUUUAUUUAAGCUUUUUCCUUUUUAGAGUCUACACUCAUUACGAAUAUUUGUUUUUUUUUUUUUAAUUAAUUAUUUCUUAUUUGAACAUAUUACUUAUUUAACAUAAAACAGUACUAUUACUUGAUAAAACAAAAUUAUGUGUCACUUAUUAUGUUAUUAUACUCUUAAGGUAUUCAAAAACUAAAAAUUAUCUUAAUAAAAAAAAAUAAACUGGUACAACUAAUCAUAAGCUUGAAGUUACUCAAAUUAGAAUUUGAAAGUUUAUCAUAGAACAUUUAGCCUUCAAUUAUUAUUGAGUACCUAUAAUUUUCACUACACUACUUGUGAGAUUUUUAGCGUGCUAUAAUAUUUUAUUAUAUUCUGAGUACUAUGGCAACACUUCAUUCUUCUUUUUAGGCAUCUUGGAGACUGUUAAGGUCCAUCACAGCAGCUACAACAUUUAUUCAUCUCUCCCUGUACCUUGAUACUUUCUCUGCAUUUUCUACCUCAACUAUCCUGAGGUUUUUCUUAAUUCUAUCAGCCCACUGUUGUCUAGGUCACUCUCUGUGUCGUUUUCUUGUUUAGUCUCCAUGUUGUUGUGUUCCCCAAUAUUCCUUCUGAUUUCCGCACAUGGCUGGAUUACAUACUCUUCAUGAUUCCUAUAAUGUAAACUUCUUCAAAUAGUCUUCUCAAUUCUUAAUUUGUCCUAACUUCAAAUUCAUCGUCAUCAUUUUUUUUUUGGUUUAAAAUUUUUUCGCAAGAUUUUCCUUUCAAAUACGCCCAAUUUAUUUUCAUCCGAUUUAGUGGUUGCCCGUGUCUCACACGCAUAUAAUGCUAUGGGUCUAAUUACAACUUUGUACGUUAUCUUUGUUCAUCAUGAGAGUACUUGAUGAUUUGAACAAUGUUGAUAAUCCAAAAUAGCAUCUGUUUGCUGUUAUCAAUCUUUCUCUUAUUUCCUCAUGACUAUUCGCAUUUUCAUUCACUCACGCUCCAAAGUACUUGAAAUAUGCUACUUUUUCUUUGAGAAACCUUUUAUUUUGAGUGUUCUAGCUGUGUGUUUUUUUCUGGAUAAUAUUAGGUAUUUUAUUCUCAUUUAAUUUUUGAUAAGACCGAUUUCUUUCCCUAUCAUUAUUAGCUCUUUUGUGGAUUGUUUUAGGCUCUCCUUAUCUUCCGAAAUUAUUAUCAGAUCAUCAAUACGCUCCAAUCUGUUGGUUAUCACUAAUUUGUAUUCCUUCCGCCUUACUAUGAACUUGCCUUGCCACUGACGGAAACGGGGCAUUUCCUUGUCUGAGACCUGUUGAUACUGAUAAAUCAUUUGAGUAAGCUCCUAAAAUUACCUUGCAUUUAGAUUCUUAUACGCACGUUUUGAUCAUUCUAAUAAGCUUUUCUGGUAUUCCCAGGUAUUAACUUCUGCUGUGGUCCUAUAUACUAGUAUGUAGCGACACUACAUUGAUCGCUAUAAAUAAAGUAGCGUGCUACUGUAGCAACAUUACGAUUAGCCCACUACUCUCGGCUAAUGUAAAUAACAUCUAUGUAUGUAAAGUAUGCUAGGUACUCCUACGGAUUUGCAGUAUGUAGUAUACUUUACGGGUACCCUGAUUUUCUUUGGGAAGGAUAAAAGAUAAAAUUGAAUGAAUUGGUGUCAAUAACCAAAUAAUAUUUUAUUGAGUGAUGGGGUUAUAAGCAUUUUUUUUCUGGAAUAUUUUCACUCUAUCUCUGCUGUAGACUAAUUAGACAUCUAGGUGUUGUCAGAAACCAAUGACUUGAUUUAUUCCUUUCUUAUCUAAUAGAAGAAUGGUAGAAUAGAAGGUAUCCUAUAUAAUAUGCUUUUAGUGCUAGAACUUGCAUUUUUGUCUAAAACGAUGUAAUUUAGAUUACUACAAAUUAAUUAGUAUGUAUUUUAUUUUAAAAUUUGAUGACCAAUUAGAUAUUUUAAUGGUUCAUUAGCUUUAUUAUAAAUUAUUCUGAUAACGACGAAAAAACUGAUAUAUAAAGCUGUGUUCUCAUAAAAAAACAACAGAACAUGUAUUAUUGAAGGCGUAUAAAAUAUUCGAAAAUAUUUUGUCGGAAAGUGUUUUGUUGGAAAGUAGGAUAAUAAUUUUUACUCUAAAAAUAUUUGUUAUAUAUAUUUUAGUGGCUGCUUAUUAGUGCAGGUAAUAAAAUUUAUUUUCUGACAAUAAUUUUGUGAUAAAAUAAUAUUCUGACAAAUUUUUUUCUAAAAAAAUACAAACCAGAGCAGCAGGGAAGGGUGUUAAUUGCAUAAUCAUUUUUAGAUUAUAACCUAGAAUUGCUAGGUAAAAAUCAAAAUUUAAUCCUUAUCUGGAACUACAUUUCUCUUGAUUGUUUAUUCUAAAUUAAUCAAAAAUUUAAAUUUAAAGUUAAGAUUAAGCCUAUUAUAUUUAAUUUUAAAGAGUUAUUAUUGUCAAAACUUAAAAAGUAUAUAUUCUUUUAAAUAAUGCUUUUAAUAAUUAAUAUUUUAAAAAAAUUAUUUUGCCAAAAUAUUUGCUUUUUUAAUGUUUAAUUCAUCAUUAAAAUCAAAACUUAAAGUUUGAUACAAGGGCGUCAGCAGAAGGUUGUGAGAAAUGGCAAAUAUUCAUACAGACAUUUACAUUUUUAUUUGUAUCAUGCUACAUUAUGGUAAAAAAAUAAGGUAGACAAAUGCUUUUGAAUGUUCCCCCCCACACCCCCGAGGACGUUUGUGGGUUUACUGGUAAUGGAUGUGAUGAUCACUCACUAUGCCUACUGAUACUGCUUAACAGCUCAGGUGCCCACAUGGAGACACUUUGGUUGACUUCAUAUACUAGCUACUAGCUACCGGGUUCCAAUCUGACACUGGUAUAACAAAGUUAGUGCUGCACAUAUGCACUUAAAUCUUGUUAAAGACAGCGAGACCGAGUCAUUAGUAGAAUGUUAGGAUUUUUACUAAAAUUGUACUCCCAGGAACAGGAAAGAACAUUUUAAAUGUGUUUAUGGUAUAAGGUACAAUUUUGAAAUUAUUAUAAACAAAAUCAUUAAACAGUCCAAUAAUUAUAAUCUUUUUUGAUUAGUCACUGAAGCACUAUUAAAAAGUUAUUGACAAAUCUUGGUUUAUUUAUGUAUCAAUAAACCAUUUUAACUCUUAAGUAUAUUUAAACUUCGUAUUUUUAAGUUAUAAUAUUAAAAAAUAAAAACUAUUAUUAUUUUAUUGUUAGAAUAUAAUAUGUUAACAAAAUAAUUUGAAAUUAUCAAUAAUGUUUGUUUCUUAUUCAUUAAUAUAGUAAACUUCAAAAUGUUGCCCUAGAAGGGCAAUAAUCUUAUAUAAUCCAAUAGACAAUAGUCACUCAUCUACUCGUAUUACUCUAUUACUUAUUGGACCAUUUAUUUUAAAAGUAAUUAAAGUAUAAAUAUAGGAUUUUGCGUAUAAUAAAACACAUUAUUUAUCAUAAUAGUUAAUAAAUCCACUUUUUAGAUUUUACAUUAAAUAUUGCAUAUAGCUUUCUAUCAUUUAAUUUUUUUAUAUUAUUUUUAAUUACCAACAAUAUAAUAUAAUUAAUAAAAUCCUUGUCUCUGAUUUUAAUCAAGUUUUAAUUUUUUUAUUGUGAAAGGGAUUCAGAAACUAUUAAUUUUACAAUGAUAAUAAUUAUUUUUUUUUCAGAAAAUAUUUGUAAGAAUUAUAUACAUAGUUAAUUAAAGUUAUACAUUAACACUGGGUAUAGGUAAUUGAGCAAUAAUAAUAGGUGAUUUUUUAAAAUUCAAUUACUAGAGGAGUGUCCUAUUCUGGAACCAUUGUUGUUUCAUUUUUAAUUGUUAUCUUGACAAUUAGUGUUCAUAAUAUAAUUUAUGAUUAGGACUAAAAACUAACAUAAUAGAAUUCUCAUUUGCUUUAUACCAAUUAUCCACAAAGCUUGUAUGAAAUUACUAUUUCCUGGAACUAUUAAAUUAUGUUGUAAUAAAUUGAUGAGAUAAGAAUUUAUAUACUGAUGUACUAAAACUAUAUUUUUAAAUUAAUGCAUACAAAUCAAUAAUGUUAUCAUGCAUAAUUUGUCUUUUUGUUUUUGUCAGUUUGUCACUCUUAUAUUACAACAAAUAUUUUUAACAAAUAAUGUGAAGUAGUAUGGGUAAAAUAUGUAUCAAAUAUUUUAAUAAACAUUGUUUUUUUAUUUAAAAAUAUUUUUAAUGUAUAAUUAAUUGUUUUUUAGGAACGAAGUUGAUCCAGAUAAUUUAGAACACGAAAACUAUAUUAAAGGAUUAUUUGUUUCUUUUGUUGAUGAAAUAAUAUCUAAAGCUAAUUCUAUGGUAACUAAUGAACAAUUUGUCAGUAAACUAAAGUUAAUUGAUACAGCAAAAUUGUAUAAAGUAAGUGUAUAUUACUUAAUAUUAAUAAUUAAGUAACAAAAGUAAAAUAAAAUGUAUUACCUACACAUUUUUGAAAUAGGAAUAAUAUUUAAAUUAUAAUAUAAUAUAUAUACACCAAUUUGUAUAAUUAUGUUUUAAGUUGUAAGAUCAUCCUUUAUGUCUAAUUAGAAGUCAUUAAGUAAAAUUUCCUUCUUCUUCAUCACUACUCAUUAAGUUGUCAUCUUAUUUACGUUUAUUUCAUAUCUUUUUAUUUUUAUUCUCCAUAAGUAUUCUAUAGUUUAGGUAUUGGUAUUUGAAUCGUUUAAAUGUUAAAUAAAUUUUGUAACUUAUGGUUUACACCAACUUAUCACUAUACAAAUUUAAAGAUUCAGUAUUAUCAAUUGUUGAUGUAAGUUGCACAUUAGACCCAUACUAAAAUUGUUUCAUCUAAGAUUUUUUUUAAAUAAUUAAUAAGUAGAAUAUUUUAAAUACCCACAUUUCACAGAAAAAUUUGAUUACAUAUUAUCAAAUAUAUUUUAAAUUAUUUGUAAUUUAUUUCAUUUUAACUUCAAUCAGUUAGUUCAUAAUAUUCUGUUUAAAUUUAUUACUAAUUUGAUUAUAAUUUUGUUUUACAGGACAAAUAUUCUCAAAAUCCAAAAGAGUUGAUAAGAAUUAUUAAAAAGUGCUUGGAAUCAGAAAAUUUAGUAGCUCAACAAAAUAGUGUAUGUAUUUUUUGUUAAUUAUUUUAUAUUUAUAUACAUAUAGGUGAUUCUUUUAGCAUACAAUACUCAUUAUUUCGUAAAGUAUUGACUUAAAAAAAAAAAAAAAAAUGUACCCUUAAUGAAACUAUCGUCAAUCAGAUAAAAAAAAUUCCAGAAGAAUAUCCCCAAAACUAUAUUGUCAAAUACAAUAAUAUUAAAAAAACAAUUUUUUUUAAUAAUUUCUAGAAUUACUGUGCAAUUACAAAAAUAGGGUUCACUAAUGACGAUCAUCCAAAAGCUCUUAGACUUAAAAUAACUAAUUUGUAGCAAAAACAAAUUACAAAUAUCAUAUUUGCAUAUUUGCCAAAUGUAUAACUGGUGGUUCCAUGGGGUCAAUUUAUAAAAAAAAUUAAUUAUACACUGAUAAGAAACAGUUUAAAAUAUUCUUAUUGAAGACAUACAAACUGUAUUUUGGAUUGAAAUGUAUAAAAGAUCAUUAGUAGCAGAACUUUGCAUAGAUAUUAAAGAAAUAGGUUGACCACUUUUAUUACAAUUGUAUAUGAGGUGAUGUUCCCUAAGGGGUGGAAAAUUGAUGCAAUUCAUCAGUUACUACCAUAGAUAACAUGCCUCACUUUGUUUAUCAAUCUUGGAUUAACUGUAACCAUUUUUUAGGAACACUGAUAAGGUGUUAUAUAAGGUGAUAGAUAGUUUAUCCAUAUCUUAAUUAGUUUGGGACAUUUAUCUCAACUUGAAAAUAAAUCAAAUAACAAAAUAGAAUUAACUGAUAUAAAUUAUAAAGUAACUUAAGGCAUUAAAUAAUUCUUAUUUCCAAAUUUGGAAGAUAAGAUGUUUAAAAUUAAUUAUGGUGAACAUUAGAGGGGUAGUGCUGACCUAACAAAAAAUAACAAAAAAAGCCACGAACAUUAUAUAUUAUCCACAUGAACAUUUAUUAAGACGUCUGAAAAGCAAAUAGAUAAAACUAGGUAAUUGAUAUUAGGCUACACAUUGAAAUUUAUCAAAAAAUAUUUAAAUUGUAGUGCCAAUAUGUAAGAUUAAUAAUAAUAAAAAAAAAACCUAAAAAAUUAAAUUAAAUUUGUCAAAUAGUCCUGUUACAUUCUGUAUAUUAGUAUAUAUUUAUUUUUAUUUUAUUGAUAUCAAAAUUAAUUAUAGAAUUAAUUAAACAAUUUAAAAAAUAUUGAAUUUAUAUUAAAAUCAUAUUUUAAUUUAUUAGUUUAUUAUUUUUAAUUUAAUUUAUUUAGUCUUUAAUGGAUGUUAACGUAAAAACAAAUCAGGAAAUGGAAAACAUUGAAAUUAUGCAGCAAAUGGAAUUGAUCAGUCAUCACGUUACACAUACAAAUGAAAUUCGCAUGACAAUUCAAACAGACAUUGAUUCUUUUAAUAUUUUGUACUCAGAAUGUGCAAAAUGUACUCGUAAGUUUAAAAAAUCAAAACAAACAUUUAUUAUUUACUAUUUAGUAUUAACUAGAAUUCUUAUAUUCUAGAACAUCUACAACACAUGAGAAACCAAAGAAUGAAUAUUCCUCAAGCUCAAGGUCCUGAAAUUGAACGUAAAUUGAAACAAGAAAAAGAAUUGUAUGAAGGACAGUUAAAGACUCAAUCAUUAAGUCUCAAUAAUGCUAUUUGUAUUUAUAUUAAUAAACUAAACGAAUCGUUAAAUUUGCUCAGCCCUGUUCAAGCUCAUAUUAUUGAUAAAGCAUUAAUACAGUGGAAACGUGAACAACAGUUAGCUGGUAAUGGAUAUAAAUACAUGAAGGAUAUUGAUGUCAUACAAACUUGGUACAUAUGAGCAUUCAUGAAAAGUUUAUUAAGUUUUAUUUAAUAUUUUUUUUAUUCUUUGCUAGGUGUGAAAAAUUAUGUGAUUUAAUUUGGAUAACUCGUUCUCAAAUUAAAGAAGCUGAUCGCUUCAGAGUGAAUUUAGGUCGUUAUUUCGAGUUGCCACCAUCUUGUGAAAUUAUUAAUACUCUUCUUGACAUGACUACACAGUAUCUUUCAUCAUUAGUAGCAAGGUAAACUUUUGUACACAUCUGUAUUUUGAAUUCAUGUAUACUUUAAUCCCUGAUUUCAAAGUAUUGAUGUGAAGUAUAUGUUUAUUGUUCAUUUUAUUUUAAAUAUAUAUAUAGAUAAAAAAAAUUAUUAUUUUCGACUAUUUAUAUAAUUAUUAUAUUUGAAAUUUUUAGUACUUUUGUGAUUAUAACUCAACCGCCUCAAGUUUUGAAAACAAAUACAAGAUUCGUAGCUGAAGUGCGUCUAUUAAUUGGAGGAAAACUCAAUAUCCACAUGACUUCACCUGUGGUAAAAAAACUACAUACAAAUUUCUUGUUAAUUUAAAAUUUAAAAAAAAUCCAGAUAUAUUAUGUGUGACACAUUCGAAUUGCAUCCAUAAAUGAUAUUUUGCAUCCACAAUUUCUUCAUGACAUACAAGUUGCGUCCGCAAUUUUAUCACAACACAUCCAAGUUGCAUCCACAUUAAUAAUAUAUACAUAUUUUUCUUCCCACUUUUACAGACUAAUGAGUACUAUCGUGUUGUGGGUUGUUGUUAAAAAUGUAUUAUAUAUUAGGUAUUUUAAAUUACUUUUAUUGAUCUAAAAUGUAUAUUUUAUUAAAAAUAAUACUAUGUCCAACCUUUGUAAAUACUGUAAUACGCAGAUACCAUGUCAAUUAUUAUUAUUUUUUAACGAACACAAUAAUUGAUGGAUAAAUAUUAAUGAGUUAACUAUCAAACAUAUAGAAAUAGAAUAACAAUUAUUCUUGCGAACGCUACUCUAAACAGUCGUAGAAAAACCAUGGACGCAACUCUGUUGUGGUGGCGUAUAUUUUAGUUUUAAGGAAUGCAAUUCGUAUGCAGCCCUUUUAUGUAUUGCGUUGAUCACUGUUGGUAGUUAGUGGUAAAGUAGAAUAUAGGGUAAUAUACUGAUAUAUUUUAGUUAUUGAAAGCAUCAAUAAAUGAUACUUAAUAGAGGUGUGUCAAACAUAAAUUUUCAAUAAUAUAUUAAUUACAACAAAAUAAUUAAAAUUGAUGAAAAGUUAUUAUUUUUGUCUAUUGUUCCAUUUAGUUUUAUUGUUUUAUGUUUUCAAUGAAACUAAUAACAGUUAUUUACAAAAAUUAUUAUUCAUAUAGUGAAUCAAUGGUUGAAAUUGAAUGUAAAACAAUAAAAGAUAAACAAAUGACAAUAUAUUAAAUCAAAAAACCUAAAGAAAAUUAUUGAUUAAGUGUUUAAACAACCAAUGUUGUCAAAGUUUAAAUGUGAUAUAACUUUUGUAAAAUGUCUAUAGAUUGCUUUUUUAAAAUCAAUAGUAGGUAGUUUUAUCAUCCCCAAAAUAUGUGUGACAAAUAGUAACAUUAAUAUAACAUUUUAUACUUGUUUCUUAAAUUUUCAUUAAAAAAUAAUUAAUAUUUUUUGUUAUAAUACAUGUCUUAAGUUAUGUUGAUCACUCUGUAAUUGUAUCUAUUGUAUAUGUUUUAUGUAUAAAUGAUUUAUUUUACUAGGUUAAAGUAUCCAUAGUCAGUGAAACUCAAGCUAAUCAAAUCAUUGGAAGAAACAAGCCAGAUGGUGAAUCUUGUGGUGAAAUAUUAAAUUGCACUGGAAAAAUGGAAUAUCAACCUGUCCAAAGACAUUUGUCAACCAAUUUCCGGUAAGUUUAAACUAAAAAUUUCUUUAUAAGAAUUAUAUAAUAAAAUAAAAUCUUAAGAGCAGCACACCUCUGUAACUUCAAAUUUCCCCACUUGUUUUUGUUACAAUAAUAAGUGUUUUUUUUUUUUUUUUUUUUUUUUUUUUUUUUUUUUUAUGGUUAUUUUUAAAUUAGUAUCUGAAUUUGUAUUUAUUUAUGAUUUAUAUUAACUUAACACCAAUUAACAACCCUCUUUUCCUACCCUAUUUUAAUGACUACUAUGAAACGGUCUCUAUUUUCGGGAAUAAUUAAUUAAUAAUUUGUAUUAAUGUGCUAUAGAAGUAUGCAAUUGAAAAAAAUCAAGCGCACAGAAAAAAAAGGAACAGAAUCUGUUAUGGAUGAAAAAUUUUCAAUUUUAUUUUCAUCCAAAUUUUUUAUUGGUAAUGAGCUUCAAUUUGAGGUAAGUCAUUUUGAAUUCAAAUAUGAUUGUGUAAUAAACUUAGUAUGCAUUAAAUAUAAAUUUUUUUAUCUUUCUUUAAAAAGCUAACCUACUGUUUAACAUUUUUGGGGGGAGGGCUGAUAAUUUUAACUGAUUACCUUUUUUACACUAAUGUAGUGGAAAACAUUCAUUUUUGGGGGGUCUAUAGCAACUGUAGAAGGAGACAGUCCCCAGCCCCUUUUAUUUGCAUAGAUGAUUAUUGCAUGAGGGAAGAUAUAGGAUUUAGUGUAAUUUAGUUUAUAUUUUUAAAUCAAUAUUUACUUAUUGUGAAGGUUCAGAUAUGUAUGCACAUAAAAUAACUGUUAUAUAUGUAUACAUUCAUGUACUAAAGAAUUACCAAAUAUAUAAUAAAAAUAUGCUCAACAAAUUAAUUUUAACUUUUGAAAUCAAAAAUUUAAAAUGUAUUAUAGUUUAUAACGUAUAAGUAUUUUAUUUUUGUAGUAGUUUUUUUUUAUUAAUUACUUUUUUGAUAUUAGUAGUGGUAGUAGUAUUUUUUUAAAUUUUUUUUUCCUCGUGUUAUCAUACAAAUACAUUAAGUGGAGAUUCUAAUUUAUGUAAAUCUAUCUAUUCAUAUAUUUAUAUGUGUAUAGGUUAGGUAUAAUUACUGAGCUUUAAUAUAUAAAUGUUGUUUUGCCAAUUGCAUUAUUCAGAGUAUAUUUUUUUGUUUCUUCAUAACAAUUGGUUUAAUAAUUUUAAAGCAAAGUUGAGUCAUUUGGUAUUUCUUCACCUAUAUAUUCUAUUAAAAAAUAUAAAAUAUAAUUUUAUUUACUUUGUGGAAAGGAAUAUUGGCUCAUACAAAUACUUACAUAUUUAUGUAAAUGAUCAUUUUUACCGACCACGUUAGACAUUUAUUGUUGUAACUGAGUUUCAUUUGUUAUUGUCAAUUACCUAUGCAAAUAUAUUUAACUGUUUUUAAAUUUUAUUCAACAGUAAAAUUGUUUAUUAUAUGAUAUUUGAGACAAACAAAAUAUAAAAAUUGUUUAUGUGUAGGUAAAUGAUAAAUACUAGUAUAUAUGGUAUAAACAUAACAUUUAUAUUUUACGUUAGUACGUGAUAGACUGUAUUUACACCAAUGAUAAAAUAAACAUUGUAAAAUUAAUUUUGUUUUUGGAAAAUGUACUGAAAUGUUCACUUAUAUUCUCAAAUUUCAAAUUAUGCAUUUAAAAUAUAGAACUAUAAAAUAUGCAAAAUAAAAAUAAUAUCAUUUAAUUUAGUAGAACAUGAAUAAAAUUUGUAUCCAGGCCCAAUAUUAUUUAACUUAUUAUAAUAUAUUUGCUAUGCGCUAUUUAGUACUUAAAUUACUUAAUAAAUAAUAUUUAAGUAAUUGAUUGGUAAGUGCUGAAUAAAGCAACUUGCAGGUUAGGUUAAAAUUAUUAAAAUAGUGUCCAUUAAUUUAUUAUUUUAUUUUCAAAAAUCUUUACAAUCUUUUCAUUACAAUAUUUAAUAUUCUAGGUAUGGAAUUUAUCAUUACCAGUAGUAGUUAUUGUGCAUGGAAAUCAAGAUCCACAUGCUUGGGCUACUGUUACAUGGGAUAAUGCUUUUGCUGAACCUGGACGAGUUCCAUUCAAUGUUCCUGAUAAAGUACCAUGGAGAAAUGUUGCAGAAGCAUUAAACAUGAAGUUUUCAGCAGCUACAGGUCGUGGUCUCUCAGAAGAAAGCUUAACAUUUUUAGCUGAAAAGGCCUUUAGGUUAGUUUACAAAUUAGGUAAAAAAAAAAUUAACUUUUAAACUAACUUGUGUAUUUUAUUUUUAGAAUGCAAAAUGUGGAUUUUAAUCAUAUGGUUUUGUCAUGGUCACAGUUUUGUAAAGAACCAUUACCACAAAGAAGUUUUACAUUUUGGGAAUGGUUUUAUGCUGUGAUGAAAAUAACUAGAGAACAUUUAAAAGGACCGUGGACUGAUGGGUAGUCAUCCUUUUCUUUUUCUUUUUUUAAUAACUUUGUAUAUUAAAACUUUUUUCCAUGACAAUUAUUUUGGUUGCAUGAUUACAUGCAUCAAUAACCUUUUGAUUUUUAAAUUUCUAUAGAGCAAUCAUGGGAUUUAUUAGAAAGUCUGAUGCGGAAGAGAUGUUGACAAGAUAUGCUACUGGUACAUUUUUAUUAAGAUUUUCAGAUUCAGAACUAGGUGGUCUAACUGUUGCCUGGGCUGGAUGUAAGUUACUUUUUUUUUUUAGAUAGAUAUUUAAUAUUAAUAAUUACAUUUUAUUAUUAUUAUUUUUUUUUUUUAGCUAAUGAUUCUGAUGCAUACAGUUUGCAUCCAUUUUCAGCUAAAGAUUUAUCUAUUCGGAACUUGGCUGAUAGAUUAUUGGAUUUACCAUAUCUAACAAAAUUGUAUCCUGAUAUAGAUAAAAACCAAGCUUUCGGAAAAUACUACACUCAGCCUCCAAGUAUUUACAUAAUAUGUGUCUUUAAUAUUAUAUUUAGUUUAUUUCAUGUUCUGUGUACCUACAUAUACAAUAUAUAUCUGUACAAUAAACUUGUAAACAUUAAAAUUAAAUAAUACUUUUUUUUAAUUAAUUUUAUAAUUUAGAUAUUAUCACUCCUGUUACAAGCAAUGGUUACUUAAAACCAUUAUUAGUUACACAUGUUCCUGGAUGGGGAGGGCCUGGAACUAAUGGCCAAGGAAUGAACAGUUACCCUAAUACUCCACAAAACCAUAUGUUUCAUGUAAACAGCCCUGGAAACUGUAGCAAUCGAGAAACGUCUUCAGAGCAUGGUGAACAGGCAAAUAAGUAAGAAAAAUACCUUGAAAACAUUUUUAUGCAUUUUUAGCUUGAAUUUAGUUUUGUUUGAGUAUAAAAGAGAUAAUACAAAUUAGAAGUGAGUGAGUAGUUUUAUAAUUAGACAUUAAGUUAUAUUUAAUGUAUAAAUAAACUAUAAUUUAAAUAUUUUAUUUGUACUAAUUUACAGGUUGUUAACUAUAUGCAUAUCUUGAAUUAUUGUUUUUGAGUUUUCACAGGCAAUAUGAUUUGGUGACAUGGGUCGCAGUGGUAUCAUGUGUUUGUUUUGUUUAUGUGUAUCUUAUUUUCAUUAAUAAGAUUUAUAUUUUUAAAUAAUGAAUUAAAUUUAGUUUAUGCGAUUAACUUAAUAAAAAAAAACAAAUUUAUUAACAAUCCCAGUGCAUAACAUAUUUAAGUGUGGAUUGAAUCAAAUCUGUGCUUGCAUUAUUCAUAAGUAUCUACAAAUAGGCCUAUGAUAUGCCUAUCUACAAAUAGGCAUAUCAUAUAUAAAAUAUCAUCAGCCAUUCAGCCAAAUGUUUAGUUAAUUAAAAAGCUUGUGUAGAUUUAGCUUAUAUUACCAAUAUUAAUUAGCUUAUAUUUAGUAGAAACAUUUGUUAUUAUAUUAAUUUUUUUUUAAAAUAGUUUUAUUUGAUCAAUUUAAAAUGCUCGCUCACUUCUAAUAAUAUUGCCUUUAUUUUAAAUGCUUUGAAAGUGGUGUACAUAGAAUUUAUUAGUUUAGGUCUAAUAGAAUAUUAUAUAAUUUCAUUAUAUACCAAAUUGUAAAUUAAAUAAACUAAGCAAUUAUAUAUAUAUAUAUAUAUAUAUAUAGGUUUUUUUUUUCUUCGAGUGCUAUGUACACUACUACUUAUUUCUUCUUGCCAAUUUCUAUAAAUGUAACACAUAUUUAUACUAGAUUUCUAUCAAAAAUUGUUUUAUAUUAAUAUAUUAACAUUUUUUUUUUUUUAGUAUGCAUGGAUUAUUCUAAUUUUUUAGUUUUAUUAAUUAUUAUAUGGAGCCUUUGAAUUCAAACCAUGUUAAAUAUUUACAUUUAUAGACAAAUGCAUAAUUUGAUAAUAAUGUACCAUUUUUUUGAAAAAUGAUAAAGAAAAUAUAUAUAUUCCCAUUAAAAUCUUUAUCAAAUAUAUUUAAUACAAAAUACUUUUAAUGAAUACUAUAUUCUUAAUAAUUACUUAAAUUUGAAUUCUUAAUACUUUUUAAAACUUUAUAAUUUACAGUAAUUUCUAUUUAGCAAUAUAAUUAUAUGUUUCUUGCAUUAUUCAUUAUUUUAUUACCUACAGUAUAUCAAAACUGUAAAUGUUAAUAUUUUAGUACCGUAUAGUUAGUAUGGUUCUUUGCCUUUUUUCUCAAAUUUUAGAGUUGGCCACCAUGUUUUUUUCCUGAAUAUAUAGGGCUACAAAUUUAAUGACAUCAAAACUAAAUUCCUUUUGAAAUAGAAAAUGAAAAAUGUUUUAUUGAUAUCAUGGUAUAUUUUGUAUUUUAUUACAACUAAACAAAUUUAUAUAUUGAUAAGAAAUAAUAAUACUAUUUAUUUGUGAUGAUUCUUAAAUACAAAAUAAUUUUUGAUUAGUAUAACAUAACUAAAUAGAAGUAAUAUUAGAAUUAAUAAAAAAAUAUUACUAGUCAACAAAUAAUAAUGCCUUAAAAUGCCACAAAUAGAUGGUGUUGAAAUUUUUGAUUUCCGUCAACCCAUUGAUGAGAUAUUCCAUUUUUAAGUUUGGGCUGAAGAAGAGUAGUGGAGUAUCAUUUGUGUGGCGGUACAGCACAUGGCAUAUUAAUAAUAAUAAAAUUGUUUUUAAAUAAUAUUCUAUCUAUUUAAGGCCUUUUCAAAAUAAGUUGCCAUUUGAAAAUUGAAAGUAGGCAGUUAUUUCACUCUCAAAAUUAAGGGGUACAAAAAAAAUUAAAACAUAGCACUUUAGAACUAUUUGAUUCUUAAGUUUUCAAAACAAAAAUUUUGAAAAAAAAUUAAUACCUUCAGAGAUAAUUAGUGUUUCCAGUUUAUUGCCCAAAAAAUGAUAAAGCUUUUAUAGAACGUCCGGCCAUUACAAAAACUGCCAAAAUUAUAUAUUUUGCCCAUAGCAUAAUAUAUAUAUAUCCCCAUUACACAGGUUGUAAAAAUUAUUUUAAAAAAAAGAAAUGGUGAUUCGAUUGAUAUGAUGUAGUAAAAAAUUAUUUAAACUAAAAGAAAUUUUAGAAACUUACUGAUUCAUCAUUAGCUAAUAUUUGUUAUACCAAAAAUUUGUUUCAUAAUAUAUUUAUAAAAUUUCAAUCUUAGGUUUGGAAAAAACAUUUUUUCUUUUUUUUAAUUUUAUAAAAAAAUAUAAAAUAGAGAAAUUUUAAAACUACACUUAAUUACAAGAUCAAAAACUUUUAAAAGUUUCCUAUGUAACUAUUUAAAUCUUUUUCAUCUUUAUCAUAACUAUCCUUUUUCAGGUUUGCCACUUUCAUCUAAACUUCCACUUGACCCAAUUUCCUACAUCAUUACCAUUAUACCAUUACUUCCAAUUCCUCUCUCCUUAUGACAUAUCCAAAUCAUCUCUGUUUUUUUGAUCUCAUUUUGUCUAUUAUUGAAGCAAUUUUUAUAUUUAUAUUACAAACCUUUAUAUAUAUAAGAAAAGGUUCUUACAUACUUGUUCUUUGUUCUAUAUGUAUAUCUAUCCCUCCCCAAUAUUAAACAAUAUGAUAUAUUGUUAUGUAUGAUCUAAUAUAAUAUGACACAAUAGAUCUCACACCACACUCUUAUAAAACUUCUUUUAAGUCUUAUUUGAAUUCUUUGUCACAUAAACAUCUGGCAUUUACAUCCACACAAUUCUAUGUUUCACAUUUUUGUUAAAAAGGCAAAUUUUUUAAUCAAAAUAUCCUAGGUACUUUAACUUUCAAUCUUGCUUUUCAAUCACUGCUUAUUGUCAUUACUUGUCUUGUUCUGUUAACGUCUUAUCAUCUUUCUCCAAACUCAUAUUCUGUAUGAUAUUCCUUUUCCUUCAAGUGUUACUCUUUUACAUUCCUCAAGCAUAUCGCUAAUUACUUCCAGAUUUUCUCUCAUUAAAACUAUGUCAUCUGCAAACAUCAUGCACCAUGAUACCCCUUCUUGUAUUUCCUUUGUAACUUCAUCCAUUAUAACAGAAAACUAUUAUUGUGUAUAUUAUUAACUUUUUACUAUUUAAAUAAUACGUACAAAAAUAACCCAAUGUAAAAUAUGAGUGAUCAUAUUGUAAACUAUUUCACAAUGUAUUAAAAAGUAGUAUCAUAAAAUUUGCAAAUUUUUUGUUUUGAUAACAUUUUUAAAUGUAUCAAUCCAAAAAUAAAGUGAUUUUAAAAAGCUUUAAAUUAGGCUGAUGUAGUUUUAUUUUUGUGAUUUUGUGUGGCCAGCUGUAUCUUUAAUACUAUAUUGUAAUAAUUGUGACAUAUUAACGCAACUACAUAAAUUAAUAAUUGAGUUUAUACAUUAAUUAACAUCAUUAGCAUUUAAUAUGCUUUCAUAAUUAUUUGGAAUAAAUUUAUUUAUCUAAAAAUAAUUUUAAUUUAAUAUUAUCUGUAAUGGGGAAGAUUAUAUAGAUACAUUUUUGCCAAAUUCAAAAAAAUAUUUAUAUUUUAUUUUAUUUUAUCUUAAAUUAGAUUUUUUUUUUUUUUACAAAGGUUCCAAAUAUUAUAAACAAUAUGUAGUAGUGUAAAAUAUAUUUGUAUUUUUUUAAAAAAUAAUUUUUAAUUUUUCUUUAACUCAACAGUACAUCUGAAAAGUACCGCCCAGGGUCGUUUUUUUCAGCUGCAAUCUUAUGAUGGGAUUUAGGAAUGCCUGUACUAUGAUCCGUGAUCAGGUAUCCAAGAGAGUUGGAUGUUAAUUUUUUUUAUUCUAUUAUUACUACUAGUAUUAUUAAUAUUAUUAUUAUUAUUAUUAUUUUUUUUUUUUUUUUUUUUUAUAAUUAUAACAAUAUGUUACCUUAUUUUCAUCAAUUCUUACAUUAUAUUGUAUAUUAGAUUGAAAAAUAGUAUUUUUGUAGUAUAUUCCAACUAUAAAAGUGUAGUCUUAUUAGAUUAUUUAUGCUGCAUUUAUGUAUUAACUAUACUUUAAACAUAAUUAUUAUUCAAGUGUGUAUGAUUUAAUACAAAAAGUAAGGAACUUAAUAAGAAAUAUUUAAAGAACAAUAUUGACUUGGAAAGUAUACUUUUUGAUUUUUCAAGUUAUUACUAAAAUAAAUAUUGCAUAUAUGUGUAUAAUGUAUAUGCAUUUAUAAUUGUUAUAUCUCUAAACAUAAAUACAUAUUAAAGCAUUAAGUUUUAGUUUUUAUCACUUUUAAAUCUCAAACACAACUGAAAUUUGUUUUAAAAAUCGCUUUAAACCUAUAUUAUUUACUCAUUUUAGCAUAUAUGUUUUAUUUAAUUGAUUGGCUUAAAAAAAAAAUUGUUUUGCUUAUUUAGUAUGAUGGCCUUUGGAAAUGACUCCUUAGAAAUGGAUUUUUCUUCGAACUUAAAUGACAUAUCGCAUGUGGAUGAAGCGUUUUUAAUUUAA